GCGCUGCGGCCAGAGGUGGGCGGCAGACGUUGUUGCGGCGACAACCGCUCCGCUGCAAACGUUGCCAGUCGAGCUCAGAGAAAGAACUAAGAAACAACGGGUGCUGCACGAUUGUCCACAGUAAGUUACAGACAAGAGGAGGCGGCGAGCAGGGAAAACGAAGCCGUGUUUGUUCCAAGGAGCAUCCGAGAUUGACCGUUGCUGUCUUGGAAAAUCGGGGGGAAACUAGAGCCGUUUAGAAGGUGGACAGCCCACUGCCAGGUUGCUCGUGGUAACUCGCCGCCAUGCCUUUCCCCUUUGGCAAGUCCCACAAGUCGCCGGCGGACAUCGUCAAGAACCUUAAGGACAGCAUGACGGUGCUCGAGAAGCACGACAUUUCUGACAAAAAGGCAGAGAAGGCCACAGAGGAGGUGUCAAAAAGCCUGGUGGCCAUGAAGGAGAUCCUGUAUGGGACGAACGAGAAAGAGCCCCAAACCGAAGCGGUGGCCCAGCUGGCCCAGGAGCUCUACAACAGUGGCUUGCUCAGCACACUCAUAGCAGACCUCCAGCUCAUCGACUUUGAGGGUAAGAAAGAUGUGGCUCAAAUCUUCAACAACAUCCUGAGGCGGCAGAUCGGCACCCGGACGCCCACGGUGGAGUACCUCUGCACCCAGCAGAACAUCCUCUUCAUGCUGCUCAAAGGGUACGAGUCUCCAGAGAUUGCCCUGAACUGCGGCAUCAUGUUGAGGGAGUGCAUCCGACACGAGCCGCUGGCCAAAAUCACACUGUGGUCCGAGCAGUUUUAUGACUUCUUCAGAUACGUGGAGAUGUCCACUUUCGACAUUGCCUCAGACGCUUUCGCCACUUUCAAAGACCUCCUCACGAGACACAAGCUACUGAGUGCAGAGUUCCUGGAGCAGCAUUACGACAAAUUCUUCAGUGAAUAUGAGAAGUUACUCCACUCAGAAAACUACGUGACUAAAAGGCAGUCCCUCAAACUGCUUGGAGAGCUGCUUCUCGACCGGCACAAUUUCACCAUAAUGACGAAAUACAUCAGCAAGCCAGAGAACCUCAAAUUAAUGAUGAACCUGCUACGGGACAAGAGCCGCAACAUCCAGUUUGAGGCUUUCCAUGUUUUUAAGGUGUUUGUGGCCAACCCCAACAAGACGCAGCCCAUCCUGGACAUCCUGCUGAAGAACCAGACCAAACUCAUCGAGUUCCUCAGCAAGUUCCAGAACGACAGAACGGAGGACGAACAGUUCAACGAUGAAAAGACUUACCUGGUCAAACAGAUCAGGGACCUCAAGAGGCCCGUGCCCCAGGAGGCCUGAGGGGAGGGGCCAAAGAGGAGGAGGAGGAGGAGGAGGGGCGGGGGAGGAGCCACCAGGACCACGUCUGGACCACAUCCAGACAACGGACACAUCAGCAGCUCCUGUUCUGGUUUUUGAACAAAUAUUGAAGAUAGAAAUAAAAAACCAACGCACCCACAUCAACUCGUCAGGACGUCGCCAGCUCCUCAGUGAACCGUUGAUUACUUUUUAAUUUUCUUUUUUAUUAUUUUUCUUUUAAAAAAACAAACAAACAACUAAAUAAUAGAUGCUGCUGCUUUCUUGCACAUUGAGACAGGUUAGGUAUAUUAUUACAGGGCAGUUCAUCAAACACGGGGACAGAAGAUAAAGUACGGCACACACACACACACACACACACGUGUAUUACAUUAAAGAAAAACACAUGCACACGUACUGCAAGGACGUCGGCUUAAACCGUGUGAUGGAAAUGGUACGAGCCAGGUGAACAUUGCCGUGCUUGUUGCAUGCUUUGAAAUGUGACGGAUCCACGGCGGUCUUGUGAAGCCCGGCCCGGCUCGGCCUUCUGUGCCACUGAGACCUCUGAGAUCGCACGCGCACCGCAGCAACGUAUCAAUGCCUUCAUCCAAUGAAACGGUGGUUCAUUAAAAGCGGAGCGGGGGGGGGUCGGAACCAUUUACCUCCCGCGUGCUUCGUCACGACGCGGCACUGCAACACAUGAGGAACCGAGGGAGGGGUGAAAGGAUGAAUUUGGGUAAAAGCCCCGAUAGUUGGGUCUCUUAAUUGUUUUAUUUUUUAUUUUGGGGGGGGGGGGGGCCCAAGGGUAAACAUGUACAUAUGCCUUUCUUUUUUUUUUGCUUUGUAGGUUUUCUUUGUUUAACCUUGACAUAUGAAUAUAUAUUAUAUAUAUAUUACUUUAAAUAUCACAUUUUUGGUUCAUCGUAAUCAAAUUACUUUCUAAACCGUGAAAGAAACGACAAGUUAAGUGACGUUGUUUUUGCAUUUCAUUUUACUGCUGAAAUGGUUGCUGUUGGGUUUCUUUGUACAUAACUUAAAGGGCCAGCUCACAUUUAGCUAACCUCUAGGAUAUUAACAAUUUGUACAGCGGAGGAAUGUCAUGGUAUUAACUCUGGAUCUGUUUCUCCUCUUUUUAUUCUCAUCUACAUUUUAAGAUUUUAAGUGUCGCUCAGACCGCUGACGACGUGCAGGGGGGGGGACUUUGGAGAGCAUUAACUGAAACAUUAAAGUCUGUGUGUUUGUGCACUUUGUGAGGCGCUAGGCGAUUAUCACCCCCACCCAACUGGAGUCGAGGAUAGCGCGCCCCCCCCCCCGCCCCUUCUCAAUUCCAUCAACUUGUUUUAUUUCUUCAUUGUCGCUCGGCUGGAGGCCUGGGAGCGCUGUGUGGCCCCUCAGCCAGUGGGAUUCAGGGGUGAGCUGAUCACGACAUUGGCAACUCAGCCGCCAUUCUUACGCCCUACACCCCCCCCACACGCCCCCUUUUCUCCUCAUGUUCUCCUCUUCAGAGGGUUUAUAAUUCCAGUACAAUUGUGAGUGUAAAGCAUUGUGGGUAGCAGAGUACUUUGGGCACAUGUUGGAUUGUCCUCAUGGUCCGGACGAAGACUGAUGAAACCACAGAUCUGUUACAUCUCUCUGCGACGGGUCCAGUGUGACGAGACGUCGCUACAUUUUUAAACAUCGGAAACCACCUCGGAUCAGACGGCACCUCCUCCAUUCGCUUCCAACGUGCAUGCUCCUCAUUGGCUGUGCAUGGUGCUGUACUCAAAUGUUGUACUGGAAUUGUUUCUUCUUCUUCUUUUCAAGUAUUUAACAUUGAAAAUGCCAAAUUGAAAUAAUUGCUGUGUGCUGGCUUUGGCUCCAGUUUCAGCAUAAAGCGUGUGGGUGCUUUUCAGAAGUGUCAAAGGCCUGGGCCCUACAAUGGAAAUAAAGAAAAGCAAAUUUGGAAUAAAAUGAUGCUGUGGUAAAUUUC